AUGGCGGCCUACAGGCCGCUCCCGACACCGCGCGCAGAAACGAAGCAAGCCUACCACCUCCGCGGUUCCGUAGCGGUGGGGGCUAGACCAGUGCCUUCGCCAGCCCUUAGUACUGGCAUCUCUCCGACUUACGACCUCUUGGACGGUUACUCGGAACCAGACUCCGCGGACAUCAAAGAAGGCCUAGGGAAUGAGGCCCAACCGAAAGAGAUGGAUAAUCCGGAGCACCGUCAGACGUGGAAGCAGAUCGGCGACACCCACGAUGGACUCAUUGCGCAACAUAAGGAGUCAAACCACGUAUGGGAGGGAUCAGUUGCGAUAGUUGCCACUCCCGACUUCUCGUGGAAUAGCUCGAACAGCUCGAACGGCGUGCAGGGCAUUGCGAACAACACGAAUGCGUUCUUCGAUAGGAUGCCCAUGCUCAUGAAAGCUCUCGACAGUAUCGCGCGAGUCCACGCUUUCACUGGAGUGGCCAUCCUGACUUUCAAAGUGGUCUACGAGCUGGAGUUGAAGCGAAGAGACAAUAACAAGAAGGUCCUUGCCGUGUAUGGCGAGAUGAGCGAUAUGAUGGCUGCGCUAGUCCAGCUGCACACAAUCAAGAGCGAAGAGGAGGUUGGGCCUGAUGGUGUUUCUAUCAAAGCUCGCAUGGAGCGCCUGCUUGAGCGAACAGCAACCGACAUCAGGGAGUGCGCGAAUACUUGCGAUACCUAUCUCAAGAAGAAGCCUAUCGUCAAGAUCCUGACAUGUCCCAGUUGGGGUACCAUUCUCUGCAAUCUUUCUGCCGCCUUCCAUAAGCGUCGCGCCGAAUUUGAGUUCGCGCUCUCGAUGCAUACGGGCUUGGAUAUCGAAGCCAACGCGAAGCUGGACGAAAUAGAGGGCACGGCACAGCAGACUCAGGAUAGAUUGGACGACAUGUUGGCUUACUUCCACACGGCUCUGUCCCCAGAGUACGAGGACAUAGCGGCUCGCGUCAGGGGCAGGGGCGGACUUCAAGCAGUCAUGGACAACGAGCGCCUUCUCAGGGAGCUGAUUCACGAAUUCCGUGGAGACGUGGAUGGCACGUUAGAUAUCCGUGGACGGCAGGAUGUCGCAUUCGACAUGGAAGAGUUGAAGUUGGAGCUGAGGGAAGAUAUAGAACUGGCGGUGGAGAGAAAUGCCCAGACGUUCUCACGGAAAUUUGAGAUGCAGCGACAGCAGAUUGUGGAUGAGCUCGCCAGAGUAGUCCAUCGAGAAGGGGACCGUGUCAUCAACGCGAUUCCGUCUCGGCCACAUGACAGGAUUAUCGAUCCAGAUUUGUACGCAAUAUGGAAAGAAAUGGGCUGGCGUGGGAGCACGAAAGCGCGUCACUUCGUACUAGCAUUGCGAGAUCAUUUCCGCGAGAAAGAGGAGGAGAAGAAGCGGAACGAUAGAAUUUAUGUUCUCCGCACCAAGAAAGAAGACGGAUGGGCGUUGGAGUGGAUCAAUGUGACCAGAUUGCAACCCAUCGUCGAAGCCUUCAACGACGACGCAUCCAACUUCAUCACCGUCUCAGAAGCCAAUGAACUAACAACUGCUCGCCCAAGAGAUUGGAGCCUACUUCACUGGCUUGCCUACUGGGCGAUUGGAUGGCAGAUAUCUGCUACGAUGUAUCGGGACAAGAUUUAUAACCUGUUUGCCAAGAUGUUCUCGCUCAAAGCUCAUAUCCACCCAGCCGUACGCAACGUCGUCGACACCUACCUCCACAGCGUCUGGACUAGAGUAUCAGAGUUGACUUCGUCUAUCAGGCCUUACUACCCGUUGGAGGGAUUACGAGAGAAGUUCCAGAGCUACAUCGAUGACGAAGAGCAGCGUCUCCGCGAACGUUUGGAAGCGGUCCGGUACGACAUCGACGCCAUGGACACAUUAACUCUUGUCACCGGACCCGGAAGGAUCGAGAAGUAUGUCUUCCCGAUCUUGUACCUCCUCCUCAAGAAGGACUACGAGGUUAUGCGUAUUGCUCGCCAGAAAGUCAUCAGUAGGGUUGAGCUAUUGGACGCUGCCAAUACGGUUCAAUGGGUUCUCCAAGCCGUCGAAUUUCGGUACAAGGACCUUCAAGACAUCUUCAGACAACAGAAGCUCGAUCCACGACAGCAGUUCAAAGGGUUCGCAUGCGGUUUGUUCGAGCAUUGGCGUAAUUCGGAAGGCCUAUGGAGCCGCAAUAUCGAGUUCCCUAACGUCGUGUAUAACGACGAUGGGGAGGCGCAGGACAUCAAUUCGGACGAUAUUCUGAACUAUCCAUUGGACAAUGACGACUGGUUCGAUCCGACUGGAUAUGAUGCGCCUCGGUUCUCCCCGACGGAGAAAGACAUGACGUCGAAGUGGCCUCUUAGAGCCUUGCUUGGAUCUUGGUCUGGAUUCAUGUCCAAGGGAAAUUUGUACCCCUGCCAACCCAUGCUUUCCAUUCAAAUCCACGCCGUCGAUUCGAUCCGCUUCGAAGCUACUUCUCGUACUGCAAAUGGCACUGCUUAUCAUCUCCAGGGCAGGUAUAUAUCAGAAGUGGAUGGUCGUAUCUGCUACACUUUCGUGAUUAAGUACGCCACUCGCUUUGCGCCCCUUUACUUCAGAGGGUACCUCCACGACAAGGACAGGACAUUUUCCGGAACUUGGGGCACUUCUCCCGAAGCGGCCAACUCAGAGUCGAAGAUUAUCAAGCGCCAAGGCGACAAUCAUUCCUCCCUGGUCGUGGGUUCGACAGCAGAUCGCUUCGUCUUCAAGAGACUACCGGCCGCGUACAUGUGCUGCCGGCCGGAUCCCAUCGAAUUCCAAAUCAACAGACCUCGUGCGCUGUGGAGGUAUGCUACAACCAUAGUCCGCGAGCUGGUCAGCAUGCGAAGAUUUUCGUGGACGUAUUUUGAACGACGAAGAGACGAUCGGAAACGCUACAUCGAGCUACUGAUUCGCCUGAACUACGCGGAAUUGGUCGAAGAAGAGCUGAUGGAGCUGGCGAGGAUACGGAAAACCCUCACGACAGCGGACGCGAGAUUAUACGAAACCCGAUACCAAUAUGAGCUUCGGACUACUGCAAUCCAUCUCGACGUCACCUGUGACCAUUGCGAGAACACUAUAGUCGGUUCCCGCAUAGUAUGCCUCGACUGCGACUCCAACAAAACUCUUAACCUCUGUGACGACCCGCGGUGUCGUAGCAGCGAGAUUGAUGUCGAGAAGCGCCCCGACCUCCCUGCGCCCCAUCUACCGGGUCAUGCUGUCUUCAAGGUCCGCACAAUGUUACAUCUGCGUGAGUUUGGAAGGAUGAAUCAGGCAGCCCGAAUGGCACUCAAGAGCGCGCGGAGGACGUUCAACGAAGUCACAGAGCUUUUGACAGACGAGGUGUUGCAGAAUCCCGCACUUCGUCGCCAAGCUCGGGUGAAGAAGAUCGCUCAGGCCAGCUUAUCAUGUAUCAUCUGCAGAAAGCAAGUAUCGAAACCUUGCUGGUACUGUAUAACUUGCGAAGAUGACGUCUUCAUCUGUCUUGAAUGUGAUAAAAGAGGUUCCCUCACCGUCGGCGCGCACGACAAGUUACACGCACUUGUUCGCUGCCAGGAUGAUAUCCGUUACGGUCCAAUGAGCCUUGACCAACGUCUCGAGCUAAUGGACCAGCGCUUCACGACCAUGGAACAUCGGUUCGACGCUAUGGACACCAGGUUUGAUGGCAUGCAGAGCAGAUUCACCUCGUUGGAGAAACGCGUCUUUUCGAUGGACGACAAGCUGACGCGGAUGGAGGAGAUGCUGGGCGCGAUGUUCGUCAGGUCGACGAAUGCCCAGUUUACCUCACGCCGAACGGGAUCGGAUACGAGCAUCUCUCCAGCAUGGAAUGGCUUCUCGUCUCGCACCCCUCAGGCCGCUAAACCGUACCCACGACCUUUACCUAUACCGUCACCAUCACCAUAA